ACAACCUCCUGUGUGAAAGGGCUUCCCUGGAGAAUACAGUGGACAUUCAGAAGGAUGUUUUUGGCGUUGUAUGUUCCAGUUCUGUGGUGGUCUUUCCUUCUUCUGGUGGAUUGCCAGGAAGUCAACACCUUCAACGUGCACUAUCAGGUGCCGGAGGAAAGACAGCCUGGGACUGUGUUGGGAAGGUUGUCUGAAGAACUGGGCUGGACAGAGGGCGGCCAGACCGCAGGGUCCUUCCAGCUGCUACAGCCCUCUGCUCUGCUUCCCAUACAGAUGGACUCUCAGGAUGGUUUGCUACGCACCUUGGGGAGGAUGGACAGGGAGCAGCUUUGCCCCCACAGAGACCUCUGUAUCAUCUCUUUCAGCGUUCUGGCUGCCAGAUACCUAGCCCUGAUCCAUGUGGAGGUUCACGUCCUGGAUAUUAAUGACAACGGGCCUCGGUUUCCCCAAAUGUCAGUGGAGCUGGAGAUAUCCGAGAGUGUGCUGUUGCAGACACGAAUCCCUUUGGAUCGAGCCGUCGACCCAGAUGCUGGCUCCAAUGGUCUCUGUUCCUACCUCUUGUCACCCAAUGAGCACUUUGCCUUGGAGGUAGCCGUCGGCUCUGAUGGAACUCAGCAGGUGGAGCUUGUGGUCGUGAAAGAAGUGGACCGAGAACGCUACUCCUCUUUCCUUUUGACCGUGACCGCUGUCGAUCGCGGCGAGCCCCCCAGAUCUGGGAGUGCCUUCGUGAGGGUGACCGUGCUGGACUCCAACGAUAACAGCCCGGCGUUCACCCAGAGUUCUGUGACUGUCGAGAUGAGGGAAGAUGCGUCGCCGGGGACUCUUUUGGUCAACCUCACUGCCACAGAUCCCGACCAAGGCCUCAACGGAGAGAUCGAAUAUUCCCUCAGCAAACACACCCCUGUGGAGGUGCUUAGGACGUUUACUAUCGAGAGCCGGACAGGCCGUGUCCUCUUGCAGCAGCAGCUGGAUUAUGAGAAAAAAUCUACCUAUGAGGUGGACGUACAGGCCCGAGACCAUGGAGCGAAUCCCAUCCCAGCCCACUGCAAGCUUUUGGUCCGGGUUGUAGAUAUCAAUGACAACCUGCCUGAGGUCCAUGUCAUCUGGGCUGGACAGGCCGCAGUGGUGUCUGAAGCGCAGCCCAAAGACAGCUUUGUUGGUCUGGUGACACUCUCUGACCCAGACGCUGGUGAUAACGGGAAGGUGGACUGCUAUAUUAGCCGAGGGGCUGAGCAUUUCUCCUUGAGAAGGAUCAGCCCCAGCAGCUACAUGCUGCUCACCAACACCCCCCUGGACAGGGAGAACUGGGCAGAGCUUAACCUGACCUUGUUAGCACAGGACCGGGGGACCCCUUCACUGGCUGCCGCCAGAGAUUUCACGGUUGAC